GAUUAUGGGUAAAGCAUGGGGUGAGUUGCAUAAGGUGACCAUAGGAAACUAUGGCAAUGGAGGCUGCAUCAGCCCCGGUCCGUGGUUGAAGGCCGCCGGUAACGCUGCCUGUUCCCCGCUGUGAUGCAGCGGAUCAGCAGCCUCGCUGCAUGCCGGGAUCUCGGGGGUCUCGCAGCGCGCUCUCUCGGGGUCUGCGCCUGGAAGAAGAACCUGGCCUGUAGCAAUAAGCCGUCAGUGCAGGGCCAGUGGGCGGGGGUGUGUUUCUGUCCACAGCGUCCUUUCACCGGGAUGCUCGCAGCACCAGUCCGGAGACUAUGCAGGCAGAGGCUGUUGUUCGCCGGUCAGUCACACCGACCGCUGAGCUCACAGGGAGCCGACGGGCCGCAGGGGAGCCCCGCCGGUCACCCCGAUGUCUCCGUAAUCGGCAGCCCGGACCCGAUCACAUGGAUCCGAUGCAAAGUUAUUAUGUGUCUCGUCUAUCUGCACUUUGACUUAGACGUAUACUCUGAGGAGUUCGAAAGUGGAGUAAAGCAGGCUUUGGUCCACGUCUCCGACAUGAUGUCCAGGGGCAACUACCACAAGCUAGUGGGAAUUGUAUCAAAUGAGACGAUAGAUCAUGUGAAAACGAGGUGCAAGGCUCUCACCGAUGCUCAGAGACAGAAGCUAGCCAUCGCAAUGGAUGACAUUGUAUUUAUGAUCCCGGAAGACGUGUCCGUGGUUUUUGAUGAAGAUGGUAGAACAUUCUGCUUCAUCGUCAUGAGGUUUUGGCACAUGUCAACAUAUGAAGGCCCCGAUGACCCCGAGAGUACAAAGAUCUUCAAAGUGUCACCUAGUGAAGAUGGCAUAGUACAGAAGAGAAUAGUGACAGCAGUCUAUGAAUUCAAACGAGAGCUGACAAGGAGAGCCUAUACUGACUGGAAGGUCACAACCAUUUGGCACUGGCACUGGGAACUGGCCGAGUGAUAUAAAUUAAGGUGGCAAGGACGUUUGUCAGUCAUCAGGACAACAGGGGAGAAGUGAUGGCUGAAUGUCUAGCAGCAAAUUGAAGAACUGUGUAUCACGACCACAUGAAGCCGGACCCAGAGCGGUAACCUCCAAGCUGUCCAGAUGAGUCCACCUAACUAUUUGAACAUUCAGAUGCCUUUAAUGCCCACCUCAAGUUAUUUUACACAUUAGGAAAGUCAUAGUCCUUGGACUACUGUACAACUCCAUAAAUCAGCUGCAGUUUUAGUUCUGAAACAGAUGAGAUGGAUGACGUGACUGGACUUUUGAAUGCCUUUGGUCAAAAAAUAGCUUUUGAAUUUACAGCCAAACAAAUAAAAACCUCAAUCCACA